AUGGCUCCUUUAAAUGGUUCUAGAUUAACUAUGAUCGGUUUGGUUCUAUUUGUUCUAGUAAUAGGGAGUGCCAAUGCAAAUCUUUCUACAAACUUUUAUUCGAGUUCUUGUCCACAACUCUUUUCUACUGUGAAAUCCACCAUGCAAUCUGCCAUAUCAAAGGAGGCUCGAAUUGGUGCUUCCAUCCUCCGUUUAUUCUUUCAUGAUUGUUUUGUCAAUGGUUGUGAUGGAUCCAUUCUACUCGAUGACACAGCAACCUUUACCGGAGAGCAACAUGCGCUCCAGAACAAUAACUCUGCUCGUGGAUUUGAAGUAAUUGACACCAUAAAAUCAGCUGUAGAGAGUGUAUGUCCCGGAGUUGUAUCAUGUGCUGAUAUUCUCGCCAUUGCAGCUGCAGAUUCUGUUGCAAUUCUUGGAGGCCCAACAUGGAAUGUAAAACUUGGAAGAAGAGACGCUACGACAGCCAAUCAAUCUGCCGCAACUACCUCCAUUCCGAGAUCAGAUUCUGACCUCAAAGUACUUACCGAAAUGUUUAGUAAUAAUGGUCUUUCCAUCAAGGAUUUAGUCGCAUUAUCAGGUGGUCACACAAUUGGCCAAGCAAGGUGCAUAACCUUUAGGACAAGAAUCUACACCGAGACAAACAUAGAUAAUUCAUUUGCUAGCACAAGGCAAUCUAAUUGUCCAAAUGUAACCGGAACAGGAGAUAACAAUUUGGCACCCCUUGAUCUCCAGACUCCUAUUUCUUUUGAUAAUGACUACUUUAAAAAUCUUGUUCAGAAGAAGGGUCUUCUCCAUUCAGACCAACAACUUUUCAACGGCGGCUCUGCCGACUCUAUAGUGAGUGGCUAUAGUACUAAUCCAAAAUCCUUUUCUUCUGAUUUUGCUGCUGCUAUGAUCAAGAUGGGAGAUAUUAAACCUCUCACUGGAUCAAAUGGAGAGAUCAGAAAGAAUUGUGGAAAAAUAAACUAA